AUGAGCACUGUAAUAAAUGCAGCAGUGAUGACCGAGGAAGAAGGGAAGAGAGCAGCACGAGAACCGUGGUAUACAAUAAUGAUCGGUGCUGUUUACUGUCGAGGUGGAGGUGGAGGUGGUGGUGGCGGCGGCGGUGGCGGAGGUGGUAGCACAACAACGCGUGGUGGUGGCGGAGGAGGAGGCGGCGGAGGUGGGGGUACCAUGACUGGGGGAGGCGGUGGUGGUGGAGGUGGCGCCGGAAGCGUAAUUGGUGGUGGUGCUGGUGGUGGAGUCAGGAUAAUCUUUGGCUGUGGUGGUGGGGCGGGCAGAACAAGUGGAGGUGGUGCUGGCGGCUUAAUGAUUAUUGGUGGUGGUGAGGGCGGCCGGAAGAUGAUCUCGGGCGGUGGGGGUGGCCGGAAGAUUAUUGGAGGUGGUGGCGGUGGAGCGGGCACGAAUAUUGGUGGUGGGGCGGGCAAAUGUAUUGGUGGAGGA